AAACUUUAUCAUUGCCGUUGUUAUACAUAGUGUAGUACUUGUUAAGCACAUUACUUAUUUGAAGAUUUUAUUAUGGAAUAUUGUAAAAAGUUACAGUCACACCUCCAAGCCAAGAACAAACCUUAAAUUUCAGUGUAUCUUUGUCUUUCCCUUCUGUCCAAGUCUCCUUGCUAAACCCAUUCUAGUGGAUUUGCUAAACUCUCCACUUUUAGAGCUUUCAUCCUCCUAUAUUUCCUAACCAAACAAAAUAAUCACCUCAUAAACAACAUAAUUAACCCGUUAAUUAAGCCCAAAAUCGCACUUUUUUGGUACGUACAAGUACAACAUGGCUAAUAACAAUGAUAUUAGUACUAUCUUCCAAGCCCCAUGCCCAAAAAACUCUUUCCUCUACAACAAAACUCUAUGUUCAUGUUCUCCUGGCUAUCUCUUUAAUUCUUCUACAAAAUCAUGCUCUUUCUUUCGUGUUUCGCCUUCAGAAUGGUGGACUAGUUCAACGGUUAAGCACUCCAAUGUCGAUGAUGGUUACAAGAAGGCGAUUAAACACCAGGAAUAUUAUGUUGGGAUUAGUAUAAUAGCUUUGUUAAUGUGGAUCUUAUUAUGUGUAGUCGUACGGUUUGGAAAGCUUGGGGAUGGAAGGAAUUCUUGGUUUCAGAUUCGUUGGUGGAUUAGUCGCCUUGAUUUUACGUUUUCUUCCAACCAUUGGCUGGCUGAUCAAAAGAUAGUUAAGAAGCGAAAAUCUGAACUUGGGGGAACUUUCACAAUAGCUAGUUGGAUGCUUUUCAUCGGUCUGGUUGUUGCGCUACUGUACCAGAUCAUAGCAACACUUGGGCUAGAAGUUUACACCAUGAAGGCAACAAAUGCACCAGAUUUAAUAUCUUUCACCAAUGAUAUAGAGUUGAACAUAACCACCAUUUCUAGCAUGACUUGUUCUCAGCUUCGUGGUCCGAGCACGUUAGUUAUUGGCACCCCUGGUUCUGUAGACCAUAGCAUAGUCCCUCUAUCAGAUUUUGUAAACUACUCUUGUCAAAACUCCAGUUUAGGUCCAGUGGUGACUCUCAGAUGCAAAAACUGCCCACUCACCUAUGACCGCGUCUACAUUUCAUGGCAAUUUUUCGAUAUCCAAAACAAAUUUCCUGCCACAGCUGUUGGGUUCCAGUUCAAUUUUACGACAAAGGGUGGUGUAAAUCAGCAAGAAUAUGCAAAUUUUGUCAGUGGAACCAUAAAGAAUGGGAUGAAAUCUGAUAAUACAAGUAUCACUUACAGAGGGGUUGAUGCACAUGUGUUGAAGUUUAAUCUGUUUCCAAGGGUUCAUCUUAAUGUGAAUGGUCUUAAGCUCCUUCAACCCUCAUUUCAUGAGUUUCGUCCUGGCUCUUCUGCGCAUGAUGAAGAUAAGCUCCAGUCAUUGCUACACAGUUCAAAGAAUGGUUUGAUCAACACUACAUUAGCAAUCCGUUUCCUGUCUGAAUAUUUGAUUGAGAUUGAUGAUGACAAAAGAUAUAAUGGGAUAGUCAGUUUCCUUGCUGAUGUUGGUGGUCUCUAUUGCCUCAGUGUUACACUGUUUCUUUUGCUCUUGUCUCUGUGUGAAAUGCGGAUCAAAAGACUGCGCAGUGAAGAUCAGGUAAUGCAAAACAUUAGAAAACGAAGAAUUUCUGAGGAUCACUGGAAUAAGUUGCGAAAGUUCGUGGCAUAUACAUAUGGAUGCCGCUUAUUGAAUGAAAUUUACAACAGAAAUGAGCAGCCAACAUGUUGUAUAGGAGGAAAUGGAUUGUCUAUCACUAGAAUUAAACAACGCGAGAUCAAUAUUCAGUCCUUUGGCUUCAGAAGACAACCUCAGUCAGCUGAUGAAAAGGUUUUUAAAGAAGGUCAGGAGUUAUCUAUGCUUAAAGAACAUUACAUAGCGCCUCCUCCAACUCUAAAUGAAAUUAAAGGGGACUCGCCUAGUGAUGUGUUGGCUCUGCAGAGUGAUCUCCGGAAUCUGUAUGAAUACAAUGCAAUGCUGAGAGAUAAGUUGAUUAGUGCUCAUAUAAGGCUUACUGAUUUGGAAGCACACACUUCAGUUGCUUAGGAGGGGAUAUGUAUUAUGGCAUUCAGUAUUAAACUUAGAGAUGCAUUUAGUAUUCAAAUGUAUAGUUAUAUACUUCGUAUUCAAGUAUUUAAAUGCAUUAUGGUCUACAAUCUAAUUAGUGGUUAAGGAUGUAGUUAAGCUUAGGCAUGAUGAUAUUAAGUAAUUGAGUUGUGGAGCAUAAUUCUUACUUGAUUUCAGAGCGUAU